AUCGCUGUAAGCUGUAUUUUCUAAACACCUUGCUCCACUGCAGGCAACUGUAUACCAACACAACUACCUUUCUCUGUUGACUGUAUAGACUGUCUCACCUGGUCAACCGCCCACCUUCGCCCAACUUGAAUUGACAUACCAACAUGCCAUCGACUAUGAACAAUAAGAUGUAUUCGCCUCACGACAACGAUCUACAAUCUUCAUCCUUCGGCAGUUCCACUUCGAUGCAAUAUGAGGAACUCGCCUGUUCUCUGAUAGCGCCGCUGUACGACAAACACUUUCGAAGGAAACUGUCAAGAACGAGCUCGCACGCUCCCAAUGCAGCUGGUUUUGUCGACAAGUUGGAGGAAGUCAGCACUGCUACCACUGAUUCCAAGGACAUGACAUGCCCGUUCCGCUAUCUUCCCUUCGGCACUACCACAGUAGAAUACGAUCUAUCGAUUCUCUAUAUGGGACAUCGAUAUGUAGGGAUCUGA